AUGACUCUUCCAGUUUCGCGACUUUUUGGAAGCAUUAGUGAGACAAUCGCUCUUUUUGAAGUAGGCAUCGGCUCUCUGAUCGACCAUCAAAAGUUAUCAGCCGCUAGUAAAAGGUCACAAAAAACACCUUUAGAUGCCACUCUUAGAUUGUCCCGGGCGUUUGUUGAAGAAACCAUUUGUAGUGGUUAUCAGCUAUCCGCUGAUCUCAGGGUGAAUUCAUCGCGGAGAGACUAUUCGCUCCGCUUUAGUAUGAAGCCUUUCGAUAUGCCAAUGGAACUGGAUGAAGUCAAGAUAAAUGUGCACGAUCUGGCGAAGAAGACAAACCCUACCAAAACAUGGAUUUGUGAGUAA